UGAUUACAAAAGGCACAUAAAUCAAGAAAGAUUCUCUAAGAUAAUUGAAUUAUAGCAAGAUGAGUAUUAUGUAUGAAGAGCUAAGAAGAAACCAAGAAAUGGAUUCUUCAAAUAUUAUUCAUUCAAAACAACACUAUCAUCAACAACAUAAUUCUGGACUACUUAUGAGGUACAAUUCAGCUCCAACCUCAUUGCUUACAAGCCUUAUUGACAACAACACCACUCAAAGCUAUCUAAACAAUGAAGAAUCUUUUACAAGUGAGAGUUCAAGUUCAGAAAUGGAUACUAUGUUUUCUAAGUUGAUAUCAUCCAACAAUUUAUGGAACAAUUCUGAAGAACCUCUGCAAGGGUUUGAUGUGAAGCCUGUGAAGCAAGAAAUAGGUGAAUCUGUUCCACAAAAUGGUGAUUAUUCUUAUGGUGGAUCUGAGUUGAUUUACCAAGGCUUUUCAAAUGGUUCUAGUAAUGGUUUUUAUGGAUCUUUUGGUGGAGUUAACUCUAAAAUUGGUGUGAGGAAUUCUUCUAAUCUAAUUAGGCAAAAAAGCUCACCUGCUGGAUUUUUCUCUAAUGAAAAUGUUGAAGAUCUUGCAACAUUGAGAGAGUUAGGAAGUUUUAAAGCCAAUGAAGUCUCAAAUGGUACACUUAACUUCUCAUCUAGGCCAAGGAUGCCACAAAUAGCUGAAAAUGGAGUCCAAAGCAUAGAAGCAAAUUGUGACCAAACAACAAACCUAGUAAAUGAAAAUGGUAACUCCAAAUGUCAUAUUCCAAGCUUCACCAAUGAAUUUUGGGACAAUUCUUCAUUCAAUGCUCAAAAAACAGAAAUUGAAGAUGAAAUAAUGUUUUCUACUUCAAAUGGUUUGGAAUCUCAAGAACCAGAUUUUUGCUAUCAAAAUCUUGGAUUGACUCAUCAUUUGAGUUUGCCUAGUUCAUCUACAAAGAUAUCAUCAUCCAUGGAGAAAUUUCUUCAAGUUCAAGGAUCAGUUCCUUGUAAAAUUCGAGCGAAAAGAGGCUUUGCAACUCAUCCAAGAAGCAUUGCAGAGAGGGUAAGAAGAACGCGAAUAAGUGAAAGAAUCAAGAAACUGGAAAGUCUGUUCCCAAAAUCCGACAAGCAAACAAGCACAGCAGAUUUGUUGGAUUUGGCAGUUGAGUACAUUAAAGACUUGCAAGAACAAGUUCAGAUACUCACAGUUCGUAAGGAAAAAUGCAAAUGUACAAGUCAUGAGAAGCAACAUUAAAGGGGGCUGAAUUUUUGUGUAUAUAUAUUAAAAAAUCAUUGAUGAGUGUGCCAAAGUUGGCAAUUGUAAUUAUAGAAAAUAAUGCUGAUAUUUGCUUAGUAUGAGUUUAGGUCCAUGAAAUUUUGAAUUUUUUUUUCACUUUUGUUUUCAAUUUUGUCUUGUGAUUUUCCUUUUUAUUUUAGCUUGAUUAAAGGAUCAUUAU